AUUCACUCACUCUUAACGGCCAAACCCAAUUAACUUCCUAUCCUAAUACACAUGAGAACUGAGAAUUUUCGGCUUAUCAGGUCCAGGAGCCGAUCUGUCUGGAGGUGGCGUUUGGGAAAGGCAAAGCAAGCCUAGGAAAACGGCUUUGCCCGGCAUCACUCCGGUCAGCGGUUAGUCAAGCUUUUAUCUGGGAAUCAGCCUGUAUUUUGUUGCUCUUCUACUUCAUGUGAGUGACAAAAACUUACCCAACAAAACACAACCAUCGGGAGAAAUGGAUUUUGGCGGAGUAGGAGAUUUGGGAGCUAAAAAUGUACUAAUUCUUUCAGAGCAUAAUGAUGCUUCCAAUGAACAGAUUAAGUGUUCAAUUGAUAGGCUCAGUGCAUUGCCAGAUUGCUUAGUUAUUCACAUCCUUUCUUUUCUGGGUUUGGAGAAAGCUGCUAUUACGAGUGUUUUGGGUAAAAGAUGGAGAUAUCUCUGGGCAGAGUUGCCCAAGCUUGAGUUCUAUUUCUGGGAGAACAGUGGUGAGGAAACUAAGAAAAUAAGUGACUUUGUGGCUUGGGUUCAUAAGACCCUUGCUACUCGUAAGAGUAAGUAUCUGGAGAAGUUUACAGUUAGAUUCCCGUACCAGGAAUGUUUUUCAUCCGAUGUUGAUAACUGGCUUGAGUUUGCUUCAAAAAACAAGGUGAAAGAAGUUUAUUUUGACCUAAGCGCCACGAAUGAUUUCUAUACUCUUUGUGACAUGAUGUAUUCAUACCCUUCCUUGACAUCAUUGUCGUUGAGUGGAUGCAUUUUGAAUCCUGAAAGAAAAAUCGAAUGGCAGUCUUUGACUUCAUUAGAGAUUUCAAAUGUGGAUUUGCCUCAGAGUGUGGUUGAAAAAGUACUAUCAUGUUGUCCUGUUUUAAAUAGCUUGAGUCUGUGUGAUUGUUGGGGAUUUACUUGUUUGGAGAUAAACUCUCCAAAUCUUUGUAAGCUUCGAGUGCAUGACUCGGAUGAUGACGAAAGUGAAAAUUUCCUUGAGAUCUAUGCACCCUAUCUAAAAUCUUUGGUUCUUUCGUUGUAUCCUAUAGAAAGAAAGUUGAAGCUCACUAACCUCUCAUCGCUUGUUAGUGCUCAUUUUAGCUUCGCUGGAUACACUUGGGAUCCAAUGUAUGAGGAUGUCCUCAGUAACACGAAAGAAAUUAUUGAAAACACUCAACAUGUCAAGGAGCUUGAGCUGGGGCGUGAGCCCCUAAGGGUAUGCAUUCUGAAAUCCAUGACCUUUUAGUUAAAAUUCCCAAAAUUAUCUUAAUUGAUGGUUUAGCUUGACCCCAAUACUAGUUUUUGUAUAUACAACGUUUUCAAUAAGGAUGGGGUUAUUGGAUUUAAUUUGUCAAAUGAUUUUCAACUCUGUCAUACAAGAGUUGGUUGUUCAUUGUGUUCAAGACAAAUUUGUCCACGGAAUAAUUUGUACCACAUUUGCCCUACAUUUUAUCAUGUCAUUUUGGUACAAAUGUAAUAAAAACUUUAUUUUGGUUCACUGAUGAUGGUAUUGUUAUUACUUACUCCCUCCGUCCCAAUUUGAUGAUCCCAUUUCUUUUGGGCUCAAAGAUUAAGAAAGUGGUUGAAAAGGUAAAAGUUGUGGUUGAGAUUUGAGUAGAAAAAGGUGAAAUGAUGUGGACCACAUAUUUCUUUCCAAAAAGGGAAAUGGGACUAUCAAUUUGGGACGGUCCAGAAAGAAAAUACGGGAUCAUCAAAUUGGGACGGAGGGAGUAUUACUUAUGAGUUUAAGAAAAAACACUUUCACUUUUGUCUACAUACUUGCAUCAUUUUAGGAAAUGGAAAAAAUGAGAUGUCACAAAAAUGAAAAUGCGACAUUAUUUUUGGGAUAUAUGGAGUAUAUGAAGGUAGGUUACCUUGUAUAUAUGGCUGUAGAAAGCUCAUCCGCCACAGAAUCUAUUAGGAAUUUCCCAUGAUGAAUACUAUAUGCGAGUUUACUUUUUCAAGUGGUAAGAGCAAAUUGUGUUAUCAAUGAGAUUUUGAAUGUGUGGAAUAAAUGUGUAUAUUUGCAAGCAGAUCUUACAUUGUAUAUUCCGUGUAUAUAUUUCUGUGACGCUUAUAUUAGGCUAUAGCAGCAUUGGUGCUGGAUGAUGGUUGGCAGGUUCCCAAAUCUACACGAACGAGUUUGAAAAUAAAUACUUUUAGUGAUGAUGAGGAAAAUGUUUCUGCCAUUGUAAGUCUGCUUGAAUCUUCUCCUGAUCUGGUGACAUUGGUCAUAGAUUGCAAUGAUCAUUAUGGGGUAAGUAUGCAUGUCCGGGAUGAUUAAUUACUCAUUCUGUUUCAUUUCAUGUGAUUAACACAUGCAGUAUUCUUUUUGUAUUAUUUGAAUUUACUACCCGUUACUCUUUAUCAGAAUGUUGUUUUCUUAUGGAACUUUGCUUAACUCGAUUUGCAUAACUCUUGUGUAGUCCAAAAGAUGGGUGGGGGGAGAUUUAAAAAAUACUACUCCCUCUGUCCCAUUCAAAGAUUCUCGUCCACUAUUUACAUGGUCAACUUAAAUCAUUAUUAAUCUUUUGCUUGAUAAAUCAAAUUUUUUCAAUUUUUUUUAUCAGGCUUUGUAUCGGUUUUAAUGUAGUUUCUGUAUAUGUAAAUUUUAUUUACUAAAAAUAAUCAGAGUGUGAACAGGGAUUAAGUUGCUUUAUUGUCAAUCAAACAUCGUAAAUCGUAAUUGGAACCUCCUAAUGGGACGGAGGGAGUAGUAUAAUAUUUGGUCAUAGAUUGAGGAUGAAGUAGUGUUUUAGAAAUAUAUGUGAAAAUCUCAUAUAUAUGACUAUAUGUAUAAUACUGUAAUUGAAUAUAUAUUGUUGAGGUUUAAUCCCGAAGAUCCGAAAAACCCAACACAAGCUUUGGAUAUUUGAGGACGUUAGGUUGGUUUGGAAAGUGUAUAAAAAUAUAAAACAGUGAAAUAUUACUCAACUCAGGAGCUAACUUGUAUUCAGUAAUGCUGUGAUUACACUGGACUACCCGGACGGUAGGUAAGUAUAAGAAUACAAGGAUAAGAGAGAUAAUUCUAACUGCUAAGCUCGGAGUAUCAAAAUGCUAACCCUUUACAAUGUAUUAAGCCCGAGUAUUUAUACUAGGGAGGUCGUCAAAUGAUUUUUGAAAGAAAACUGGUCUGGAAUAUACAUAUAAAACGCAGUUUUCUUUCAAAAAUCAUUUGACGAUCUUCCCGAUUGAAUUUUUUGCUCAAAUUUGGUAUGGAUGAACUUUACUUGAUGAGGAACAUACACAAAAAAUUUCAGCCAAAAAUACCACCGGUUGUCAGGGGUUCUCACGGGUUCUCAUUUUAAGAGGGGUUCUCACUAGAACCCUCCCCUAUAUAUAUAUAUAUAUAUAUAUAUUAUAUUUGAAAAUAAAGUUUGAAAGAAACCCCCUCCGUCGUAAAAUGAUUUGCAAAGUCAUUUUUCUUGGUGAGUAGAGGUUCACUUUAUCGACUUAUUUAGCAUAUUAAUUUUUUAUUAUAUGCAAUUUGGAUUUUGCGACUUUAUAGAACUUUUAAUGCAGCUUCCACACAGGUAAAUUUUAAUUAUUAAAAUUGAUUUAACUAUCCGCAAAUAUGGUUCAUUUUUGUCGUCAGUCAACCAUAAAAUUCACAAAUUGUAAUUCAAUUUGCUAUGGAGGAAGAAAUAGAAAAAUAUCCUGCAAAUUUAUGGGGUGAGACUGGAGUUUGAAGGAUUCUAAACCUCCUUCAAUUUCAUCCUCCUUGCCCCUCUGACACCUCCAACCCCCCAAUCACACACCACUCCUAUACCCCCUCUAAAAAAAGAUUCCCCCAAACGAAACAAACACUAGUGUGGUAGUGGUUAACUUUAUUCUCAUUCCUCUCCACCACAAUCCUCCAACCAAACUAGGGUCUAGGGAGUACAAGAGGAUCUUGUAUUGAAAGUAAGCAGUGAGAGGUAACCUUAAAUAAGUUCAGUGUUCUAACAAGUGCUAGCCAUUGAGCGAGUAACAUAUUGGGGGGGGGGGGGUCUACCUUCUAAGCGGUGUCUUUGGAAAAAUAUAAGUGGGUAGUGGAUGUGCCUGUAUAGGGAUUUUUUAGAGUCAAAGCUUCAAUACAAGUUAAAGAGAUAUCAUUCAACUACGAUAUUUACCAAGAUCAAUCCAAGAUUUGAUUAGUUGUUGUUUGAAUUUCAUGAUCGGCUUAGAUUUGUUGUUUCUGCAGGUGGAUGAUAGUUGGGACCCACCUGCAAGAGGUGAUUUAGGGUGUGACUUAUUGCACCUGAAGAUGGUUAAGUUGGUUCGUUUGGCGGAUGCAAAUCUUGGCCGAUUCCACCAAUUUUAUUAUUAUCAAACGAACUCCGGGGUUGUUUAAUUUCGACUUUUGAUUUGGUGGAAUCGGCUUAUUUUACUAAAAUUGAUUAAAUCAAGACUUUUGAUGUUUUAAUUUUUCUAAUUUUCUCCUUUUUUUUUCUUUUCCUUUUAGCUCAUUGAAUUUUUUGGAUCAUUAGAUUUUCGAGUGAAAUACUUUCAUACCGUUUCCAUAUCAACAUGUUUAACAUUUAGUUGAAUAGAUCUUUAUCUUGAGCAUACUAAUCUUCUCUCUAGGGUUGCUGCUCGGCCCCUUGGAGUAGCUAUCGAUUUUCCCGUUUUUUUUUAGGCCGAAGUAUGGCGUGAGGCGAGGAUGUGGUGUGGUGCGGGUCUCAGCUGAAGACGUCGGCAACCGUGAAGGACUUGAAAGUGAACAUCGGUGCUUCUCGUUAACGAUGGUAGCGAAAGGCUUUGGCAGAGCCCAGCAACGUCGAAAGGGACGGAAGAUGGAUGCUUGGCCUUUGGCGGCCACAGGUCAUGGAUGAAGCGUGGGGUUAGAGGCUGGAACAGAACUAGAUUCGAGGUCAUCUGUUAUGUGGCGACAGAGGAGACUUGGUAGAGAAAAUGAUGAAUAAGAGACAAUGUGAGGUAGAAGCUAUAGUAUUGCUGGAGCGUCCUCCUCUUGAACCGUCGCCAUGGAGUGCAGAAGAGUUUAGAGUUUGAAAGCAUCUUUUCAAUUUUACUUACGAUUUAUUUUUCAAGAUCAGACUGUUUAUUCUUCUGUUGGUUAUUUUAAUUAUUGUAAGACUCUUGCAUUAGGUGUGGGGGAGGAGAGUUCUGCGGUAACCAUUAAAGGCGCUUGUUUUGGUCACUGGUUUCUACCUACUAUUUCAGCAAACAAAAAUUAAUGAUCAAGCUUAGGAGUGUUUACCAACAA